GUCCCCUUUGCCCUACCCGCCCCACAUUGGGGUCACCUGCGGUGAUGAGGAGUGUGUGUUCAGCCAGCAUUACAGGAGCUUGUCCUGGCUUCUUGUCACCAGGUGCCCCACAGUGGCCUCUCCUACAUAACCACAGUGUACCAGGCCUCCUUGGGCCUGCACAUAGUCUCCUUCCCUUGAGUUCCACAGAGGACAUCCCACCCCCACCCUGAAGUGCUCCCUCAGCUGGGAGGAUUCUGCCUGCCCCAGUCCCAAGCCCUAUUUAGUCCCUCUUCCUUGCCAUUCUUAACCUAGCAGAUUGUCAUCCUCAUGUCCCCUGGGACUUGGGAUGUUGUCCUUCUAUGACCCUUAUCACUUAGCUACUUCCAUGUGGGGUCAUCUCCUGACAUCAAGGGUAGGUCUCCCUGAGCCCCAUACCAGGCAUACCCUUCCUCUCCCCCUCUGACCCUGCUCUGCCUGGGGCCCCAUGGGGAGCUCUUUGGCCCCAAGGGAGUGGGUCUUGGGUUUGACAGCAGGCCAAGACAUUGAAGGCAUCCUUCCUGGGCUCUUCAGUGCUUCCUCCCCUCCCAGAGGUGGAAGAGCCCUGCAACUCCCGCUGGCCAAUGAUGGUGGCAGCCGCUCGCCGUCCUCAGAGAGCUCCCCGCAGCACCCCACACCCCCCGCCAGGCCCCGCAACAUACUGGGACUCCCACCUCCCUUCUUCACACCCCGAAGCAUGGAGAGCAUUGAAAUUGACCAGAAGCUGCAGGAGAUCAUGAAACAAACCGGCUACCUGACCAUCGGGGGCCAGGUACCAGCAUGGGGGCAGGCCAGUGGUGGGGGCAGGCUGGCUCGGGCACCUUGGUGCGCAGGAGCAGAGGCCCGGUGGACCCUACAGCCCUCACUCUUUUGGCAGCGCUACCAGGCGGAGAUCAACGACCUGGAGAACCUGGGCGAGAUGGGCAGCGGCACGUGCGGCCAGGUGUGGAAGAUGUGCUUUCGGAAGACGGGCCACAUCAUCGCUGUCAAACAAAUGCGCCGCUCGGGGAACAAGGAGGAGAACAAGCGCAUCCUGAUGGACCUGGACGUGGUGCUCAAGAGCCACGACUGCCCCUACAUCGUGCAGUGCUUUGGGACCUUCAUCACCAAUACGGACGUCUUCAUCGCCAUGGAGCUCAUGGGCACGUGCGCCGAGAAGCUCAAGAAGCGGAUGCAGGACCCGAUCCCGGAGCGCAUCCUGGGCAAGAUGACGGUGGCGAUCGUGAAGGCGCUCUUCUACCUGAAGGAGAAGCACGGCGUCAUCCACCGCGACGUCAAGCCCUCCAACAUCCUGCUGGACGAGCGCGGCCAGAUCAAGCUGUGCGACUUUGGCAUUAGCGGCCGCCUGGUGGACUCCAAGGCCAAGACGCGCAGUGCCGGCUGUGCCGCCUAUAUGGCGCCCGAGCGCAUCGACCCCCCAGACCCCACAAAGCCAGACUACGACAUCCGGGCCGAUGUGUGGAGUCUAGGCAUCUCGCUGGUGGAGCUGGCCACGGGACAGUUCCCCUACAAGAACUGCAAGACAGACUUUGAGGUCCUCACCAAGGUCCUCCAGGAGGAGCCCCCCCUCCUGCCUGGACACAUGGACUUCUCGGGGGACUUCCAGUCCUUCGUCAAAGACUGCCUUACUAAAGAUCACAGGAAGAGACCAAAGUAUAAUAAGCUACUUGAACACAGUUUCAUCAAGCGCUACGAGACGCUGGAGGUGGAUGUGGCAUCCUGGUUCAAGGACGUCAUGGCCAAGACCGAGUCACCCCGGACUAGCGGGGUCCUGAGCCAGAACCCCCUACCUUUCUUCAGGUAGCUGCGUGGAGGCGGCCAGCCCUGCCAUGGCCUGAGGGCAUAGCCACAGCCCCCCUCCCCCACCUGGCCACCUAGCUGCCCGCCAGGGGCCACUUGAGCCCUGGAGGCCACCGAGGGCUGAGGACAAAAAGUAGGGGGCACCAACCCACCCCUGACUCCUUGCCUGGCAGCUGUGGGCAGGUGGCCCCCCAGGCCCCGGAGCCAGCCAGCCAGCCAAGUGCGUCCCCGACAGACACUGUGAACUGAAGGAGGUGGCCUGCCCAGACUCGCUAUUUAUUCAGUUGUGACCUCUGGGCUGGGGCGGCCCCAGUGCCGCUGUCCCCUCGCCUUGUCCAGCGCACCCGUUGCCAUCUCCCCUGCCUGCCAGUCUCCAGGUGGCUCUCUCCCCCGUCUCCCUCCCAG